CGUGUCCUUGUUCCUCUUUUAGCACACAUCACACAGUAUUACAAUGAAUAAGAACAUUCAAUCAUCAAAUACAAUCAUUUUCAUAACAAGCUGCUGUGGAGGCAAAACCUUUUUGUUCUUUGCAAUAAAUCUUUUGUUCUUUUAUUCAGAGCUCUGAAGGUACAGGUGACACAGAGUGCAAAGCAGUCUAUGUGUCAAGUCAAACUGGAAGGAGCUGAAAACUCAAAGGAGAAGCAUUUACGCACAGGUCCUACACUCAGCUGGGGCGGAAACAAUCUGCGGCUGCAGGUUUGCCACCGGCGGCAAAAAAGGGGACACACGCAGCACUGAGGAGGAACUGAGAAUGAAUGACCGCGUUCAAACAAAGUGGUCGUGAGUUUCUGUUGGGAAAGCAUCAAGAUCUGCGGCAAACUGUGCAGGAUUGCGUUCAUCUCCAAAAUCCGGGUUGCAGCCGGAGAGAGAAGAUGGCAGCCGGAAAAAGUGGACCCCAGUAAGCAGCAGAGAUCGUGUUUGUGGCUCCCACUUUUCUUCAGGUGAUUGGCAGGAGGAGGAGAGUCUGACGGAGGAGCAGAGGAAUGUUGGCAGCCAUUUAGUCUGAGCUCAACAACGGAGGAAACAUGGAUUCUUCACAAAAAAAAUGUAAACACAGCAAUGGAGUGAGAUGUCGGAGCCCUGAGGAGGAUAAGGAUGGUUCGGCAACAACAGCAAAAAGAGAUGAAUCACUCAGUUGUGAGCAAUGUGGCAAGACUUUUAUCACAGCAACAAAGCUCAGAAUUCACAAACGUAUUCACACUGUAGACAAACCAUUCAGCUGUGAUCAGUGUGGAAAGGCUUUUACUCACAAGAAUAGUCUAACACAUCAUCAACUCAUUCACAGUGGAGUGAAACCAUUCAGCUGUGAUCAGUGUGGAAAGCCUUUUACUCACAAGAGUCACUUAAAAAGCCAUCAACUCAUUCACAGUGGAGUUAAACCAUUCAACUGUGAUCAGUGUGGAAAGGCUUUUACUCAGAAGAGUAAUCUAGCAACACAUCAACUCAUUCACAGUGAAGUUAAAUUGUUCGGCUGUGAUCAGUGUGGAAAGGCUUUUACUCAGAAGAGUACUCUAACAAGACAUCAACUCAUUCACAGUGGAGUUAAACCAUUCAGCUGUGAUCAGUGUGGAAAGGCUUUUACUCACAGGAAUAGUCUAACACAUCAUCAACUCAAUCACAGUGGAGUUAAACCAUUUAACUGUGAUCAGUGUGGAAAGGCUUUUACUCACAAGAGUACUCUAGCAAGUCAUCAACUCAUUCACAUUGGAGUUAAACCAUUCAGCUGUGAUCAGUGUGGAAAGGCUUUUACUCAGAAGAGUGAUCUGGCAAAACAUCAACUCAUUCACAGCAGAGUGAAAUUGUUCAGCUGUGAUCAGUGUGGAAAGGCUUUUACUCGGAAGUGUCAAUUAAAAAGUCAUCAACUCAUUCACAGUGGAGUGAAACCAUUCAACUGUGAUCAGUGUGGAAAGGCUUUUACUCACAAGAGUACUCUAGCAAGUCAUCAACUCAUUCACAGUGGAGUUAAACCAUUCAACUGUAUUCAGUGUGGAAAGGCUUUUACGAAGAAGAGUAAUCUAGCAAAUCAUCAACUCAUUCACAGUGGAGUGAAAUUGUUCAGCUGUGAUCAGUGUGGAAAGGCUUUUACUCGGAAGUUUCAGUUAAAAAGUCAUCAACUCAUUCACAGUGGAGUGAAACCAUUUAACUGUGAUCAGUGUGUGAAAACCUUUACUCAACAUGAACAGUUGUUGAUCCAUCAAUGCCCCCAUUCUGGUAGAAAGCGGUACCACUGUGACUCCUGUGAAAAAACUUUCAACUACCAACACAGCUUAAAAUGUCACCAGCGCAUCCACACUGGACAUGAUGUGCACGUAUGUGAUCACUGUGGCAAACUAUUUGUACGAUACUCACAGUUAAAAGCUCAUGAAGUGACCCACACUGGGGUUAAACCAUACAUUUGUGACCAGUGUGGGAAACGCUACAGCUACAUUGGAAACCUCAAAGUUCACCAACGUGUCCACACUGGGGAGAGACCAUACAGAUGUGACGAGUGUAAGAAGACUUUUACAACUUUGGGUUCCCUGAAACAACACCAGCAGAUCCACACCAGAAAGAAACAUUCAAUCAGUGUCACAAUGAGAAUGGAACAGAUGGACAAAACUCUCAGACUUGUCAGCACUCUUCCAAUGGUGAACAGUGCUGCUUUGACCAGUCUGGACCAACGUCCAACCAACAGGGAACCCUACAACGACACCAGCGUAUGCACACUGGACACAGACUGAACCCCUGCCAAGAAGAUUUCUCCAUGCAGGAUUCAGUAAAAGUUCAUGAAGUCCUCCACAAACUUAAAGUCCUUGAGAUCCGGCUUCACAGAAUUCAGCUCUAAUUUCUUGUUUAGUGUCUUCGUUGCUUCGUUGCAAAAUCCAUUAAGAGGAAAGCUGUAGUUAACAGACGUGACUGGUAAAUUAAUGAAACCAUUCAAAGUGGUUACUCAGUUAAAUGAAUUAUCAGUGGUAGAGGGAUAGACGUCUGGAUGGAUGGAGGCAGUGAGCAGCAGGGCAAAUUUCUUCAAUUACCAGCUUAAUCAUUCCUCAGAUCCCUCUGGGCUGCAGGAACCCGUUAGAUGCAGAGCUGGUUCAGUGAUUCUCUGAUGAUUAAGCAUAAUUAAUUUAGGAGAUUACUGGCCUUAGGAUUCAUAUCUAUCUAUCAUCUAUCUCUCUCUCUCUCAGGACAAUGAUGAAGAAUCUCUAAUAUUGAACAAGUAGAUCAAAUAAUCUCAGAUUAUGUGUGAGUUGAAAUACAAAAACAUAAAUUGUUAGAUGAAAAGUAGAAUCUUUGAAAGCUGACAUGUAGUUUAGAAUCACUUCUUUGUAAAUUAGCUGCAUCCAGUCAUUACCAUGACAUUGGCAUCAUGGAACCAUGACCACAUAUACACCCCCUGUCAAACGUUUUAGGACAGGUACUAAUUGAUUUGAAUGAGAAAGUGUCCUAAAACAUUUGACAGAGGGUGUAUGUGUCUGUCGAUAGUGGCUUUUUCAAUGUUUUUUUUUUUUUUUUCAAAAUUGAAUUGUUUUAAAGUUUGAAAAUGAGGGAAAAAAUAUAUAUUUUCACAGUGAAACUUCUGAUGUCCACGUUUUCAACAUUUUUGGGAAAUCUUUGAACAUUUUUAGGUGGAAAUAAAGAAAAAUUAAAAAUAUUUCUAAAGAAGGGAUUUUGGUUGAUUUUUAUGUGAAUGUUUGUAAAGAAAAUAUUAGACGUUUUACUGAAAUAUAUGUAAUCUCUUUAGAUAUUUUUAGGAUUUUUUUUGGAAGAUUUUUACUCUUUUUUUGGAAAAUAUUUACAACAAAUUUUCUUUCCAAAUUUGGGGGAUUUUUUUGAAAAGAAACCUUAAGAAAUUACUGGAAUUUUCUUCCUGAAGGUUUUGCAAAUUUUCAGAAAUUUGGGGAAUUUUUUUGGCUGAAUUUUUUGAUUUUUUUUUUUUAAAAGACAAGGAAACAAUGUUUUUUUUUUUUGUUGCCUGUAAAUGAGUACAACAGGAGGGUUAAAACAUUAAAAGGCAACAUUAUUAAGGUUUCUUUUAUCAAACGUUUUUCAUCAACAAGUACACAAAAUAGAUUAAAAAUAUAAUCUAACAUAUUUACUGAUUAAAAACUUUGAAUUUCUUCUUUAUGUUGUUCUUCUGCAUAACUCACUAUUUCAAACUGGCUCAUGUUACUUCCAUGUGAUCUGCCAUUAAAACGGCCACAUUCUACCAUAAACACUGUAAAUAAUAACACACCUGCUCAAAGUUAAAGGCCAACAUACGACCCAAACAUGACAUGGAUUUGGUGCCACUUUGAACUAAGAUGAUCUCUUCUGUUAAACAAACCGUUGAUUGUGAAUCUUUUUUCCAGAUAUGAAGCUGCUCCUUCCAGGUCCACAGACAGUAAACAAAACGACGCUCUCUAUAAAAACCCUCAGAAUGUUGAAUAGAAUAAAUGUGGACGGUUUCAUGACUGUAAGAGAAGAUUUCUGGAUCAUUUUGUGUCUCAUUUGUGUCAUUAUGUGUUUUGUUUUGUUCAGUUUACGUCUUUCUGUCUGGUUUUAAACAUUUUGCAUCUUUUCAUGUUAUUUUUCUUCCAUUUUGGUCAUUUUGUGUGUUUUUAGGUUUGUUUCUGUUUAAAAUUGUUCAUCUUGUUAGUUCUUUUGGUCAGUUCACGUCUAUUUCAUCAUUCUGUGACUCAGUGGCCAUUUCUGUUUCAGUUUUCAUCUCAUUUUUGCUCUGAGUUGCUUAUUUUAUCUCUCAUUUUAGUCAUUUUCCAUCACUUUAAGGUUGUUUUUGUUCAAUUUUGGUCAUUUUCCAUCUUAUUGGAUCAAUUUGUGCAUUUCAGCAUGUCUUUAGAAAAUAAAUGUAUCAAUCAGACAGUAAAUGAUCUAUGAACAAACCUCUGUGUAAAACCUUCAGAAUGUUGAAUAGAAUAAAUUUGGACCGUGAUGAAUGUUAGUAAAGAUUUCUGGAUCAAUCUGGUCAUUUUGAGGCUAAUUUUGGUCAUGUUUUUAUCUAAUUCCGAUCAUUUUUUUUGUCUGUCUUUGUGCCAUUUGUCCCCUAGAGGACAACUGGUUCAAUCACAGAAUGAGGGUAUGUAUUGAAAAAAUAUCAUUCAAAAUUAGUCCAGAGUAGUGACUAUAAUUUGAAUUUUAAUACACUUAACCAAGUGCUAUAGGUGACAAAAAACAUGUUUACACAGCAUGAUGUUGCUUUGUGAUGUUGCAACUGACAUGCUGAUUUCAAAAUGGAAGCAUUUUAAUUUCUAAUGCUCUCAUAGAAGAUGACUGGUCAAUAAAAUUUACUCCUGUGACUCUGAUGUCAUGCAGAGUCUUUAUGCUAUGAUGUGGAAAGGGUGAAAGAAGACAGACUGGACAUUUCUGAGUGAAACUGAACAGGGCAUGUAUUGAUUCAUAAAAAACAAGUGUAGUAUUAUCUUUAAUCAAUAUGUAGAACAUGUUUUAAUGUCAAUCCAAUUAUGUCUGACUAUUUGCUGAGUCAGUGAAAGUUAUCUUAUAGAGCAAUGUUUGUAUUAUUUCAAUACUGAGACAUUGUUGCAGUGUCAUUUGUCGUUUGUUUCCAUUUGGAUGUAUUGUACAGUUAGAUUCUAUUGAGUUUCCAUACCACAUUACAUUGCUGUUAAGGUGUCUGAAUCAUUCAGUGAGGGUUUGGUCAUGUACUACUAUAAGGCCGUGCAUAAAAAGAAAAUCAAGCCUGUUA